CGUAAACAUAAAAUCCCAAAUCUUUUACGAAUGACAUAAAAACGAAAAGGGUGGGAAACAUCGCAAUUAAUCACCAACAUUCAGCUCAGCCAGCCAUUUCCAGCAAAUUAAUUUAAUUGCUAGUUUUGAAGUGACGAAAGAGAUGCAGAAGACGAUCAAAUCUUUCUUCAAACACUCAUCUACUCCUCCAUCUACACCACAGACUAGCAAUUUUGAUGAUUUGUUCGACGGAAUUAGGGCACAAAAUCACCCAGAGAUUCGAAUCAAAUACACCCGCCAACCCACCAGGGUUGGAGAAUCGACAAGUGAUGGAUUAACCGGGGAAGAAAGUUUGGAAGAGAAAAAUGCAGAGAGUGAGAAAUUGAAAGGGAAGAUUUUGAACAAAAAGAGGAAAUAUGCGCAGUUUCAUUUGGAAUUGGGUCAGUCUGAUUUUCUUCUUCAUACAUGUAAAAUUUGUGGGAUGAAGUAUUCUAAAGGGGAUGAAGUUGAUGAGAAGGUUCAUGGUAGGUUUCACAAGAAUUAUACUCAUGGUAUUCCAUUUAAGGGUUGGCGCCACGAACGAGUGGUGCAUUUGCCGGCACUCGAAAGGGACCGUGUUAUCCAUAUAUUGAAUUGUGAUCCCCUGGCUCAACGGAAGAAGGUUCAAGAGAUUGUGAAGACAAUGGAGAUUGAACUCGGUGAUGGGUGGAUAUUCCAUGAGCUUUGUCAGGUGUAUUUAUUUGUAUCUUCACAAAGAGUUGCGGCUUGUAUGAUUGUGGAGCCAAUUAACACGGCGCACAAGCUCCUUUCAGACUCUCUGCCAAAAAUCUCUGAUGGUUCUAGUGGAAAGGAAGUAAUACCUAAACCAAAGACAUUGCAGUUUGGAGAAAUAUGCUUUCGAAGGGAAGUUUCCAGAAAAGGCACUAAUCAUAGAAACUCAGAGGCAAUGGAUUCUAACUUACUUGGAUCCAUUGUCUGUGAAGAGGAAGCAACACCUGCUUCUUGUGGCAUUAGGUCUAUUUGGGUUAGUCCAUCAAACCAAAGAAAAGGCAUUGCGACUUACUUGCUGGAUGCUGUGAGGAAAAGCUUCGGUAUAAACUAUGUUCUUGAACGCUCACAACUAGCAUUCUCUAAUCCAACGUCAGCAGGAAAAGCAUUGGCAACCAAUUAUAUCGGUACAGGUUCUUUACUGGUAUACAAAACCUAGUUAUUUGACAAUAUUCCCCAAUAUGUUCUCAAUGUUAAAGUUGGAGUUUCAAAAAUUACACUAAUUUUUUAUUCCUGAUUAUCCUGCAAAAUCUCUCUAUCUUGA